GUGAGAAUGUUUACGAACAAGGCUCUUGCACAUGUCACGCAUUUCAACUUGCAAAUCAAAGCAUGUAUGAAGAAGAUUCCAGUGGUGUUAAGACAAUAAGACUCUCUCUGGAGUCUGAUCACCAGGAAGGAGAUGAAGAGAUGUCAAGCCCUCUUGGAUUGACACUAAGCAAAACACCAUCUUUCCUGAAUCUGCUCGAGAUGAGUUUGUCCAAAGCCCGAAAAUCGGAUGAUUUGGGAUCUCUUGAGAAGUUAAAAGCUUCCAAUUUCCCCGCACUUUACAUCAGGAUUGGAUCAUGGCAGAGGAUGACUAGGCAUGAAGGAGAUCUCACAGCCAAGAUGUAUUACGCGAAACGCAAACUGGUGUGGGAGGUGCUGGAUGGAGCUCUCAAGAGCAAGAUCGAAAUCCAGUGGUCGCAUAUCUCUGCUAUGAGGGCAAUCACACCCCACAACCUCCCCGCCACUCUUGAAAUAGAGCUGAACCAACCGCCAUUGUUCUACCGCGAGGUCAAUCCCCAGCCCCGAAAGCAUACCCUUUGGCAGCAGGCCUCUGAUUUCACCGGAGGUCAAGCUCCCGUUUGGAGGAGGCACUAUGUGAGUUUCCCACCCGGGCUAUUGGACAGGCACUACGAGAAGCUAUUGCAAUGCGAUCCACGUCUCCGUGCACUGAGCGAGAAGCCAUUCCCGAGCCACGAGUCCCCUUAUUUCGACCCAACCAUGUUUGCCAUUUCACAGCUCUCUCUCGGUUUCAACAACUAUGAAUGGAGUAGCCAUGAGCAUCAAAAUGUUAGGGGUACUUCCUCCAACUAUGAGGGCUUGCCUCACUAUAAUCCACAGCCGCAGUGGACGAUGCCUCCUCAUCAACACUACUCUAACAUAAACGAUGAUGCUCUACUAAUGGAGCAACAACACUUCACUACUAUAUACUCACACCCUCCCUACUUCCUUCCCGGUUAAAAUCCCACCCCCGCAAGGGUCUUUGGGGAUUUCUAGGGUUGAAUGUAACUGUAUAUUCAUCUACCAUGCCUAGUCUCUUUUAUGAUAAGAGUUUUUCUUUGUUUAUCAUAUCAUUCUACUAUUAUUGAGUUUUAACAUGUGAUAUUGUAAA